AUGGCUAUCAAGGCACAAUCCUUGGCAGACUUUGUCACCGAAGUACAGAAUCUCGAGCCAGAAGCCACUUGGAGGAUAUAUGUGGAUGGAUCGUCCACUCGGCAAGGGAGUGGAGUCGGUGUACUACUGAUCUCCCCUCAGGAAGAAUGGAUGCAUACGCCCGUUCAGCUAGAAUAUCGGGCAACUAAUAAUGAGGCUGAAUACGAGGCACUCAUAGCAGGCCUGCAAGCCGCUCGGCAUGUCGGAGCAAUCAGGGUCUUGAUUCACUCGCACUCCCAGUUAGCCGCUCAGCAACUCGCUGAGACAUUUGAGAUAAGCAACACCCGACUCAAGCUCCACGCCGAAGCCUUUGAAAGGUUAAAAGACCACUUUCGGAAGGUGAUUUUUCAGAAGAUACCCCGAGCGGAAAAUCAAGUGGUAGCUAGCGCUAUAUCGCCUGUUGUCAUAUCGCAGCCGAUCAAGCAUGUAUCUCUGGUGGCACACGUUGAUCGGAUGGAGGGACUCACCUUCCCAAAUGAUUGGAGGACAGCGUUGAUAGAGUUCUUGCGAUCGGGAAUUACACCGUCCGAUCGAGAGGAAACCCACCUGUUGAGAAGGAGAGCAGGAAGAUUCACGCUGAUUGGGGAUCAACUGUACAAGAAAGUCUUCUCUCGACCCCAACUCAAGUGCGUUGGGCCAGAAGACAUCGAGUACAUUCUACAGGAGGUGCAUCAAGGAACUUGCGAAGGGCACCCGGGCGGCCGGUCGUUGGCCAGGAAGAUACUGCUGGCCGAGUAUUUUUGGCCAACCCUCAAGGUGGAUGCCGCUCGGACAGUGUCCACAUGCGUGUCCUGCAAGAGGUAUCACAACCUCUCACACCAACCCAUAGAAGAGAUGACGACGUCCACAGUAUCCUACCUGUUCGACCAGUGGGGCAUGGAUAUAGUGGGGCCCUUCCCCAUGACGACCGACCAACGAAAGUUCGUCGCGGUAGACUACUUCUCCAAAUGGAUCGAGGCCGAGCCGAUCGCAAGAAUAACUGAGCAGAUGGUUUAG